AGUGGAAACAAGGUGACGGUCACGACCACGCCAUUUGAGAACACAUCCAUUAAAGUCGGUCCAGCCAGGAAGUCCAGCUAUAAAUCCAAGAUGGCGCGCCGAACCAAGAGGACGGGAGCCAAAGAGGGACCAGAUAAGAAGCGCAGCUCACUGUUUAGAAAAAUCACAAAGCAGUCAAACCUCCUCCACACCAGCCGGAGCCUCUCCUCUCUGAACCGCUCGCUCUCAUCUGGAGACAGUCUUCCUGGAUCCCCCACCCACAACCUCUCGGCCCGAUCGCCCACCCAGAACUACCGCACACCUCUUGAAUCCCCUCUCCUGGGCACGUCCUCUCAGAGCAGCUCGCCGGCCUCCAGCACCCCCAACUCCCCCGCCGCCUCUCACCACAUGAGGCCGAGCUCACUGCACGGCCUGUCACCAAAGCUUCACCGUCAGUACCGCUCUGCACGCUGCAAAUCCGCCGGUAACAUCCCCCUGUCCCCGCUGGCCCACACGCCCUCCCCGACCACCUCCUCCCCGCCGCCCCUCAGCGGCCACACGGUGGGCAGCUCCAACACCACGCAGACGUUUCCUGCCAAGCUGCACUCCUCCCCUCCCGUCGCUCGCCCUCGCCCCAAAAGCGCAGAGCCGCCCCGUUCCCCUCUGCUGCAGCGGGUGCAGUCUGCGGAAAAGCUCGGCGCUCCCAUUCUCCCCUCUUCCUCGUCUUCGUCGUCAUCGCCGUCCCCUCUGGCGGGCGGCGUGUCGCUACGGAAACACAGCCUGGAGGUGUCGCACGGGGACUACAGGAGGGAGUCCUUCCACUGCGAGCACAGCCUGCAGAGUCUGCUGGAGAUGGAGGGAGAGAACGGCCCCGCUCCGCCCUCUCCUUCGUCCUCCUCCUCGCCCUCGCCUCCCAUGGGCGGGGAGAUCGGAGGCCUGAAGCCGGCGAGGAGGAUGGGGAGGCAGGAGUCGCCGCUCAGCCGGGACACGCUGCUCCCGACGAGAGAGAGAGACACCCAGACUACACCGCCGGAGCUGAAAACAGAGAGUCCGGCUGCUAAAGCUAAAGAGUCCAAGAUCAUCAACACUGACAGUAAAACCACAGCAGAGGUCGUAAAGAGCAACACCUGUGUGUCUGCAGCGGAGGACAAGACGAGUCCAGCAGCGAGCGCACAGACCAAGACGAACGCUGGAGACAAAACUCCAAGUGCAAGCAGCUUCAGUUCUGAUGCAACAGCCUGCAAGAGUAAACUCAGCGAGAAAAUCUCAACUGUGAGCUCGACAAAGAGCGUCCAACCGCAGGACAGUAAGCAGCAGCAGAGUGUGCAGGUGGGCAGCGGGCCUGCAGCUAAACCUCAGGAGAGCGCAGAGGUGAAGGUGAAAGCCGCCGCGGGGACAGAAAAAGGAAACGUGCAGAAAGUGUCGACUGCAGAGACGUCCAAGCAGCGCAAAGCCCCAGAGAGAGGAGAGCGAGGGGGCGGGGAUAAACCAACAGAGGCGACCAAGGUGAAAGGACCGGCCCCUCCCGUCCCGUCCCACGGCCACGCUGCAGUCAGACCCAAAGCGGAGAAAGUCUCGAGCGGUUACCGCGGGGCCAAAGAGGAGCGAGCCCACCUGGAGGUCCUGGAGGAGAACCCGAUGUCCCCCUCCUCCACCGCGGCGUCCCCCUUCUCCACAAAGUCCCGCCCAAUGUCGCCGGGAGACAAAGCCAGCUUCGUCACCCAGCUCACCAGCGUCGCCAAAACGGUCCUCGGGCCCAUGAAGGGGGGGUCGCAAGAAGGGGCCAAAGGGAAGGACAACUCCAAGUCGAGCGAGGAGAAGCGAGGCGGCGCGGCGGGAAAAGCCGAGGCUCCGUCUGGAGGCGGCCGCCGGGGAGCUCAGGCGGCAGCGGCGAGCGCGAACCAGGCGGAGAAAGGGAACAGCCGCGGCUCCAAGCAUCACUGGUGAUAACAAAGUCAAACUCUCCCAUGUAAUGCCUUCUACUGUAGCAUCGCCGACAUAUCCUACAUCAUCAUCAUGACUCUCACCGAGAUGGGGAGGAGGGAGGGGCUUGAACGCCCGAAGAGAGAAAGACCAAAUAGAUGACGACAUGUCAACAAGAUGUGAAGGAAGAAGAUGUGUGCUCAUGGUUUCAUAAUGUAGGCUCGUGUAUGUCCUGUGUGUUCAUCAACGUGUGUUUAGAGAGAAAAUGUCUUCAUGCAUGUUGGACACUGUAAAAAACUCAAGAAUAUAAAAAAAAGGAGAGUUAUAAAGCAGACCUAAAGGUAGUGAUCACUGUGAACAACUUUUCAAACAAAUGUUUAAAAAAAUGUGUAAACGAGCAGGAAUCUGUCGUCAACGGGCAUUAAUCAUAUUUCACUUAUUUACGUUCAGCGGACAAAAAAAAACGUUCUGGAAAAGUUGGGACGUUGUGUUAAACAUCAAAUUUAAAAAAGCAGGAUGUGAUGAUUUGCAUUUUGCUGAAACUGAGAAAUGUUGUCGUUUUUGGUAAAUGAUUUGCUCAUUUUGAGUUUGAUGUCAGCAGCAGGUUUCUAAAAAGUUGGGACAGGGUCGUGUUAACUCUGUCAGCGUUUAGUGAACCGAGGAGAUCAACGUCGUCUGCUUCAAAUUCAAUUUAUAACUUUAAAAAACAAAAAACAAUGACAUUUCUCAGUUUCAACCGAGCAGUAACCUCCGAUGUUGACAAAUGAAGCCGAUGCUGAAGUGUAAAAUCCUGCAGUUCCUGGAGUGUCCACUAGAGGCUGGCUGCAGAAGCACAGGA